AUGGUAUCGGAAGCUGGCUCUCUUGAGCCCAGGGAGAAGGAGGUGGGAUCUCGAAGCGGAGACUCCUCAACCCUAGAUGACCCCAUCAGUCUCAUCAACGAAGCUGAUGUAGAGACACUCACCAAGAUCGCCACCCAGCGAUCCCGCCGCCAAUCCACCACACCCGGUGCCCAAGAUUCAUUGACAAAUCUCGCUCAGCAGGAUCCAUCACUGGAUCCUUUGUCUGGAAAGUUUGACCUACGCAAGUGGCUCAAGCUAGCUAUCAACGAUCGAGGUCGGGAUGGAGCACCCGGUCAUACAUCGGACGUGAUCUUCAAGAACCUCAAUGUAUACGGAUCGGGUGCUGCAUUGCAGUUCCAGGAGACCGUUGCCUCCACACUAUCAGCUCCUCUCAGACUUCCCCAGCUUCUUCGUCAAUCACAUGCUCCCCAACGGCGCAUUCUGAAGGACUUCCAUGGUAUCAUGAAGAGCGGCGAGCUUCUACUUGUCCUUGGUCGUCCCGGCGCUGGUUGCAGUACCUUUUUGAAGUCAUUGACCGGAGAGCUCCAUGGAUUGGACAUGGAUAAGGAAAGCACAAUUCAUUAUAAUGGAAUUCCCCAAGAUCGCAUGAUGAAGGAAUUCAAGGGUGAGGUUGUGUACAACCAAGAGGUGGACAGACAUUUCCCCCACUUGACGGUUGGCCAGACUUUGGAGUUUGCCGCCGCCACACGCACGCCCACCAACCGGUUCCAAGAUAUGUCGCGGUCCGAGCACGCCAAGUAUAUGGCGCAGAUCAUUAUGGCAGUCUUUGGAUUAAGUCAUACUUACAACACCCGUGUUGGUGAUGACUUUGUCCGAGGUGUCUCCGGUGGAGAGCGAAAGCGUGUCAGUAUCGCCGAGAUGGCUGUUGCCCAUGCUCCAAUUGCCGCCUGGGAUAACUCCACUAGAGGAUUGGAUUCGGCCACCGCACUCAAGUUCGUCGAGGCGCUGCGCCUCUCCUCGGAUAUCACUGGAUCGUGCCACGCAGUCGCUGCGUACCAGGCAAGUCAGAGUAUCUACGAUAUCUUCGACAAAGUGAUCGUCCUUUACGAGGGUCGACAAAUCUACUUCGGCACUGCCGCUGGUGCCAAAGCCUUCUUCGAGGACCAAGGCUGGGACUGCCCCGCCCGACAGACUACUGGUGAUUUCCUCACCUCCAUCACCAACCCACAGGAGCGCCGCGCUAAGCCCGGCAUGGAGAGCCGAGUUCCUCGCACCCCCGAGGAUUUCGAGAAUGCGUGGAUCAACUCCCCUCAGUUCAAAUAUGUCCAGGACGAAAUUGCGGCAUACGAGACGCAGAACCCCGUCAGCCCCGAUGCACAGGCUCUUGCACAACUUCGAGAGCACAAGCGCGGCGCUCAAGCCAAGCACACCCGCCCCAAGUCCCCUUACCUUAUCAGUGUUCCUAUGCAGAUCAAGCUGAACACCGUGCGUGCAUAUCAACGACUAUGGAACGAUGCAGCUGCGACAGUGGCUGUGAUCAGUACUAAUAUCAUCAUGGCCCUCAUUAUUGGAUCAUGCUUCUACGGAACGAAAGACGACACCGCGGGCUUCCAGUCCAAAGGUGCCACUCUUUUCUUCGCUGUCCUUCUCAACGCCCUCACUGCAAUGUCCGAAAUCAACGCCCUGUACUCUCAACGCCCAAUCGUCGAAAAACAUGCAUCUUUCGCCUUCUAUCAUCCCGCCACGGAAGCAAUCGCUGGUGUUCUCAGUGAUAUCCCGGUCAAAUUCGCCUUGGCAGUCGCCUUCAACAUCAUUCUGUACUUCAUGGCUGGUCUGAAGCGAGAGCCUGACACCUUCUUCCUCUACUUCCUGAUCACUUUUGUCAUCACAUUCGUCAUGAGUGCUGUCUUCCGUACCCUAGCUGCUGUGACCAAGACUAUCGCACAGGCUAUGGGUUUGUCAGGAGUUAUGAUUCUGGCUCUCGUCGUCUACACCGGUUUCGUGCUUCCUGUGCCCUCCAUGCAUCCUUGGUUCGAAUGGAUCCACUAUCUCAACCCCAUUUACUACGCCUUUGAGAUCUUGAUCGCCAACGAAUUCCACGGUCGCGACUUCCCUUGCUCGUCUUUCGUCCCCGCCUACGCCGAUCUCUCAGGUGAUGCAUUCAGUUGCAGCACUGCCGGCUCGGUGGCCGGUUCCUUGACCGUCAGCGGCGACCGAUACAUUCAACUGAACUACUCUUACAGCUACAGCCAUGUCUGGCGCAACUUCGGUAUCCUCAUUGCAUUCCUCCCACCACCAGCACUGCUGAAGCCUUGGUCUUCCGCCGUGGUCACGAGCCCCCCCAGCAUGCGCCAAAGCCACAUGGCUGGAUCUGAUGUUGAGAACGCUGGUCCUUCCAAGGCCGAGGUUUCCGACUCUGACGACAAGGGAGGCAUGGGUGCCAUUCAGGCCCAGACCGACACCUUCACCUGGCGCGAUGUUUCUUACGAUAUCGAGAUUAAGGGCGAGCCUCGCCGCCUCCUAGAUAAUGUCUCUGGAUGGGUUAAGCCUGGAACUUUGACUGCCCUGAUGGGUGUCAGUGGUGCUGGUAAGACCACCUUGCUUGAUGUCUUGGCUCACCGUACAUCUAUGGGUGUCAUUACUGGUGACAUGUUUGUCAACGGUCGUGGUCUCGAUGCUAGUUUCCAGCGAAAGACCGGAUAUGUUCAGCAGCAGGAUCUUCACUUGGAUACUGCUACUGUUCGCGAGUCUCUGCGGUUCAGCGCUAUGUUGCGUCAGCCUGCUUCGGUUCCUACCCAGGAGAAGUACGAUUAUGUCGAGGAUGUCAUCAAGAUGUUGAAAAUGGAGGAAUUCGCUGAGGCUAUUGUCGGUGUCCCCGGUGAGGGUCUGAACGUCGAACAGCGCAAGCUUCUGACUAUCGGUGUUGAACUUGCCGCGAAGCCCAAGCUUCUUUUGUUCUUGGAUGAGCCUACCAGUGGUCUUGACUCUCAGUCCUCGUGGGCUAUCUGUUCGUUCCUUCGCAAGCUUGCCGAGCACGGUCAAGCGGUUCUCUGCACUAUCCAUCAGCCCAGCGCCAUGCUUUUCCAGCAGUUCGAUCAAUUGCUCUUCCUUGCUCGUGGUGGUAAGACUGUCUACUUCGGCCCGGUCGGAGAGAACUCUAGCACAAUGCUUGAGUACUUCGAGGCCAACGGUGCCCGCAAGUGUGACGAUGCCGAGAACCCCGCCGAGUACAUGCUCAACGUUGUCAACGCCGGUCAAAACGACAAGGGUCAAGAUUGGUUCGAUGUUUGGAAGCAGAGCCAGGAAUGCGUACAGGUCCAGACCGAGCUGAACCGCAUCCACGCCGAAAAGGCGAACGAAGCACCUGCUGUUGAGGAAGACACCGCUCAGGGCCAUUCUGAGUUCGCCAUGCCUCUUUGGUACCAAAUCUCUCUGGUCACCACCCGUGUCUUCACCCAAUACUGGCGCAUGCCUUCUUACGUUCUGGCUAAGUGGGGUCUUGGAAUCGCCUCCGGUCUGUUCAUCGGUUUCUCGUUCUACAACGCCCAAACGUCCCUGCAGGGAAUGCAGACGAUCCUCUACUCGCUCUUCAUGAUCUGUACUAUCUUCUCUUCGCUGUCUCAACAAAUCAUGCCCGUCUUCGUCACCCAACGUUCGCUUUACGAGGGACGUGAACGCCCCAGCAAGUCCUACUCGUGGAAGGCCUUCCUCAUCGCCAACAUCAUUGUCGAGAUCCCCUACAUGAUCGUGAUGGGUGUUCUGACAUAUGCCUGUUACUUCUACGCCGUCGUCGGAAUCCCCGAUUCCGCCGCUCAGGGCACCACUCUCGUCUUCUGUAUCGUCUUCUUCAUCUACGCUAGCACCUUCACCCACAUGGUCAUCGCCGGUCUCCCCGACGAACAGACCGCCAGUGCUGUCGUCGUGCUCCUCUUCGCCAUGUCUCUCACUUUCUGUGGUGUCAUGCAGACACCUGAUGCCUUCCCCCACUUCUGGAUCUUCAUGUAUCGCGUCUCGCCCUUCACCUACUGGAUUGGCGGUAUGGCCGCAGCCCAACUUCACGGCCGCCAAGUCGAGUGCUCCCACUCUGAGCUGUCGAUCUUCAACCCGCCCUCCGGUCAGACUUGCAUGCAAUACCUCCAAAAGUACGCUGAUGCGGCUGGUGGUAGAAUCAUGAAUGGCAAUGCGACCAGCGAUUGCGAGUACUGUCCUCUGGCAGUUGCCGAUCAGUCCUUGGCCUCUUUCGGCAUCAACUAUGAUGACAGAUGGCGCAACUUCGGCAUCAUGUGGGCUUUCAUCGCUUUCAACAUCUUCAUGGCUGUUGUCAUGUACUACCUUGUCCGUGUGAAGCGCUGGAACACUGGUGAGAAGAAGAGCUCCAAGAAGCCCGCUUCUGAGAAGAAGGGUGGAAAAUAA